AUGCGACCUGUUCAGCCCCCCAAGGACUGCUCCAUAGAGGAGUUCCUCCUCGAGGAAAAGUAUGGGAGACACCCCAUUCAGGCGUCACUCAAUCCUUUCACUUGCGGCAUUACAUCAAAGACCCGGACGACAAUCGAAGUCAAGCAGUUGGUGUCAGAUCUCGCGCAAGGCCUUGGCGAGAACCUCGGAUGGCAUACAGCCCCGAAUGAUCAAUUGGAGAGGGUGAGAGGGGGGCAAGUAAAUCUGACAUAUAUCGAGAUUGAUACGGUGCCGCUUGCUUGGGCGAUUCAUCGUUUAUCCGGAAUCGCGACCCCAGCCAGUAGCCUUUCAUCUGCGACAGAGUUGUCUUCGCAGCUUGCCUUAUCAAAGGCGAAGGCCAUCUUCACCUCCCCAGCUCUUCUCCAGACGGCACUCAAGGCUACUCGGGCCACAAAGAUUCCCGACAGCCAUGUAUUUAUCAUCGAACCGACAGAAACGACGCCAAGGACCGCCCCCUCAGGCCCCUUCAAAUCUGUUCAGGACUUAGUAAAUCUGGGGAGGACUCUGCCCCUUGUGGUCCAGUCGAGAUGGCAAGAUUCCCGUCACGUCAAGGAGCAGCUAGCGUUCUUAGCCUUCUCCAGUGGGACAUCUGGCUCACCUGUUCCUACCAUCAUGGUGAACAUACUUUCUAACGUGGACACAGUGGCCAAAUAUGACCUGAGUAGUUCAGUGGAGAUUUUUAUCGGUGCUGCUCCUCUCGGCCCAGAAAUCCUCGUCAAGACGAGAAAGUUGUUCCCCUACUGGAAGAUUCUCCAGGGCUAUGGGCUGACCGAAGCUGGGGCAGUGGUAAGCCUUACGCGCAGAGACGACAUUUGGCUAGGCUCCUCGGGCGUACCAUUGGACGAAAUUGAAUGCCGCUUGCUGUCCGAAGACGGCCAGGACCUCAAGGAUCUGAGCCAUCCUGGAGAGCUUGUUAUCAGAUCGCCGGCCCUUGCCAGUGGCUAUUUCUGCAAUGAGGAGGCUACCCAAGAGACAUUCCAGAAUGGGUGGCUACGCACUGGAGAUCUCGCACUCCUCAAAAGAAGCCCCAAGGGGAAUCUACAUUUAUUCAUUGUAGAUCGGAUCAAGGACCUCAUCAAAGUAAAGGGGAUGCAGGUAUCGCCCACAGAGCUCGAAGCGCAUCUUCUUCUCCACCCUGGAGUUGCAGAAGCAGCUGUCGUAGGCAUCGACGACCCAGUUUCCGGUGAGAUCCCCAAGGCUUUUAUUGUGCCAGCGACAGGCGGACAGGCGCUGUCCAGCCAAGACCUGUCGUCCUCGAUCAAGACGCACGUUGAGGAGCACAAGGCAAAGUACAAAUGGUUACAAGGUGGCAUUGAGUUUUUUCAGGCCUUGCCGAAAACGCCCAGCGGUAAGAUCACUCGCCGAGCCCUACGUGAUGCCGCAAGACGGACAGCCCAGGCCGAGAAGACAAGCUCCCGUCUGUAG